AUGGACGGCUCGAGUCUGUGCCCGUCCGGCACUCGCUGGGAACCUGGAAGCCACGGUGUUUCCAGGAGUUGGCAGGCGGUCAUGUCACCAACAUCAACGGCCCUGGCCAUCGUCAUUCCCAGGUGGGACGGAAUGGCCACCUGGAGCCGCGUCCGCAGCAGUGGUCCAGGGCGACGAGGCUGGGUGGGAAGGGCCUGGACCGAGUGGCCGGGGGCCACGUCCGUGCCACACGGGGAGUGUCCCCCUGUCGUCCAGCUGUCCGGGGAAGCUGGCACCCCCCGUUCUCUCCGGCACGGCUGCCGACCCGGCCAGCGUGUCCUGUUUGGUCCUGGUGCAGUAAGAGCCGUCAUGGCAGCAGCCCCCACGGUACACAGAGCACACGGCCACUGUCACCGUCACCUCGGAACGCCGGAGGCCGGUUUUCAGGGACUGGACAGUGGCCCAGAGGUGACCUCGGGCGGUGGGGCUCUGGAGACCCCCGGAUUCCAGAAGCGGCGUGAGGAGCGGACUCGUUCCGUGCCCCCGCCGCGGUCCGAAGACAACAGUCUGUCUCAGAGGAAGAAGGUCACGGUGGAAGAUCUCUUCAGUGACGAGUUCAAAGUUCACGACCCCGAGGCUAAGUGGAUCAGCGAUAAUGAAUUCAUCUUCAGAGAACAGAAAGGGAGUGUGGUACUGUGGAACGUUGAAACGAACAUGUCUACGGUGUUAAUAGAAGGCAAAAAAAUCGAAUCAUUAAGAGCCAUCAGAUAUGAAAUAUCUCCGGAUAAAGAAUAUGCCCUUUUUUCAUAUAAUGUGGAACCCAUCUAUCAACACUCCUAUACUGCAUAUUAUGUCCUGAGCAAAAUUCCUCAUGGGGAUCCUCAAAGUCUGGAUCCGCCGGAAGUCAGCAAUGCCAAGCUCCAGUACGCAGGGUGGGGCCCCAAAGGCCAGCAGCUGAUAUUUAUCUUUGAAAACAACAUCUACUACUGCGCGCACGUGGGCAAGCAGGCCAUCCGCGUGGUGUCCACGGGGAAGGAAGGCGUGGUCUACAACGGCCUCAGCGACUGGUUGCCUUCAGAGGAGAUCCUGAAGACGCACAUCGCACACUGGUGGUCCCCCGACGGCACGAGGCUCGCCUACGCCACCAUCAACGACUCCCGCGUGCCCGUCAUGGAGCUCCCGGCCUACACGGGCGCCGCCUACCCCACGGCGAAGCCCUACCACUACCCCAAGGCUGGCUGCGAAAACCCCAGCAUUUCCCUGCACGUCAUCGGCUUGAACGGGCCCACCCACGAUCUGGAGAUGACGCCGCCGGACGACCCGCGCAUGAGGGAGUACUACAUCACCAUGGUGAAGUGGGCCACCAGCACCAAGGUCGCCGUGAACUGGCUGAGCCGGGCGCAGAACGUGUCCAUCCUCACCCUCUGUGACGCCACCACCGGCGUCUGCACCAAGAAACACGAGGACGAAAGUGACGCCUGGCUCCACCGGCAGAAUGAAGAGCCGGCUUUCUCCGAGGACGGCCGGACCUUCUUCUUCGUCAGAGCCAUCCCACAGGGCGGCCAGGGCAAGUUCUACCACGUGGCCAUGUCCUCGUCCCAGCCCAACAGCAGCAAUGACAACAUACAGUCCGUCACCUCUGGGGACUGGGACGUCACCAGGAUCCUGUCCUAUGACGAGAAGCGGAACAAGAUCUACUUCCUGAGCACGGAGGACCUGCCAAGGAGGCGGCAGCUGUACAGAGACUACCGCGUGAAAUCAGCACACCUGAGCGAGACUCGGCGCAUCUGCUGCUGGCGUCGUGGCUCGGGCCUGUCGGCUCACCCGGCUAAGGCCCCCACUUUCCCAAAGCCGUUUGGGUCACGAGUAUCUUCAGGUUUCGUGGCCGUCGUGAAAUCGUUCUCCGAGGUGGCCGCGCCCACUGUCACUCCCGUGCACUUGGCCGCGUCCUCCCGCAGACUAGACAGCCCCGGAGUCCCCACGGUGACCGUGCACAACACGACAGACAAGAAAAAAAUUUUCGACCUAGAAACAAAUGAACACGUGCAGAGGGCCGUGGAUGACCGACAGAUGCCUAAAGUGGAGUACCGGAAGAUUGACGUCGACGAUUACAGCACCCCCUGCAGCUGUUCGGCUGCGUCUGGCCGCCCCCUCUCCGAGCACGGGGACAAGGUGGGGCGAAGCCUGUCUCACACUCGCAGAGUUUUUGAAACCUACGGGAUUGGUCUGGCCAUCUGCUCGGAAACAAGGCGGGACCUGGUCCGGAACACAGGGAACGAUGUCACCCUCAGCCCCCGAAGCUCUCGAGAACGACACGGCACCGUCACACACCGCACAGCUGGGGAACGAGCGGACCUCCUUAGGAAGCCGAGAGAGACGCAGACGUCCCCAGCCAGAGGGGACUGCCAGGCUCUGCGGUUCUGCAGCCUCCCUGCACCCCACACUCUCAUCGUGGAGCCUGUGGUGACUCUUUCCGUAGCAGAUGACACGAGCCACGUCCCCUCGCAGGCUGAGCCAGUGUGUAAGGGGCGAGGACAGUCCCGUGACUGGACGGUGACGAUGCUGAGGGAGCAGUACAUCGACAGAGCGCGCGUGGCCGUGUUUGGGAAGGAUUACGGCGGGUACCUGAGCACGUCCAUCCUCCCAGCGAAGGACGCAAACCAAGGCCCCAUCUUCGCCUGCGGCGCUGCUCUCUCGCCCAUAACGGACUUCAAGCUCCACGCAUCGGCGUUUUCCGAGAGGUACCUGGGCCUCCACGGACUUGACAACAGAGCCUACGAGCUGACCCAGGUGGCACGCCGCGUGUCGGCGCUGGAGGAACAGCGGUUUCUGAUCAUUCACGCGACCGCGGACGAAAAGAUCCAUUUCCAGCACACGGCGGAGCUCAUCACACACCUGAUCAAGGGGAAGGCUAAUUACAGCUUGCAGAUCUACCCGGACGGCGGCCAUCACCUCCACAGCGCCCCGCUCAGGCAGCACCUGUACCGGUCCAUCAUCAACUUCUUCGUGGGCUGCUUCAGCGUGCAGGACCGAGUCCUCACAGCCACGGCGAAGGACGAGGAGGACGACUGA